UCAGCUUUGACUCGGGACGACUGGACUUUCUUCCACCAUAGAAGCAUGACAGGGAGCAGCUGCAGAUACACAGAAAGCUUUGUUUGUUGUGCAUGUGUCACAUAGGAAGGUUUGAAAAAGGGAACUUAAAAGAGCGUUGCUGGUCAUUAUGACUGCGUCUGCACAGCUUUGUUGGAUUGUUUCUUUAGUGCUGAAUGUAGGUUUGACUUCAGGCUUGGGCCCAAACCAACGCUUGGGAUUUACUUUUAGGUUACCUGCCGGAAGCACAGAGUGUUUCUACCAAACAGUCACGAGGGACGACAGCAUGGAAAUUGAAUACCAGGUCAUAGCAGGAUCAGGUCUGGACGUUGGGAUUGCUCUGAUCUCACCCACCGGAUACCGGGUGGUCUCAGAGUUUAGGAGAUCUGAUGGCAUUCACAUGGUGGAAUCGACAGAGGACGGAGACUACCGCUUGUGCUUCGACAACAGCUUCAGUAAACUGUCUGAGAAGAUGGUGUUUUUUGAGGUCAUUAACAGUCAGAGCAACGCAGGCGGAGGCAGGGAGGAGUGGGCAAACAUCACGGCUUCCGAGAGCCUGGUGGAGUACAAGCUGGAGGAGAUCAGGGCCAGAAUGGACUCUGUUUACUGGCACCUGGAGAAGAGCCGGCAGGUCCAAACUGUGCUGCGGGCCUUCGAGGCCCGGGACCGCUACCUGCUGGAGGACAACCUGUGGAGAGUGUCCUUCUGGUCCUGCAUGAACCUGAUCAUCAUGCUCACUGUUGCAGUCUCACAGAUUUACACCCUGCGGCGUCUCUUUGACGACACCAAGCGGGUCCGCACAUAAAAACACAACUAUUUACCUCCAGCAGCCGCACAUGAACAUUAUUCACUAAGGGUUGCAUUUAAAGGAAGUUAACAUUUUAAAUUAUUGUUUCAUAUUUUAUUUUUAAUGGGGAAAAAAGGCUUGAUUUGUAAAUUUGAUUUUAAAUUCACUUCAGCGCCUGAAAUCACAUUAAAUCUUAGGAUUUUAUACUUGAAGCUGCUUUGUAACUGCACACAAAUUCAAUCAUAAAAUACUUGGAGCACAUUUUUUAAAAAUAAAUUAUAUAGAAAACCACAUCUCUUUUUACUUAAAACAACUUUUUAUUAAAUUUCAGAACAUUUAAAACUCCUGGCUAUACACUUUAUAAAACAAGCAGCAAAUGAAAAUUUUAUCAAACCCUCACCGGAUGAUUCUUCCCUGUCAAAAAGAAAUAGGUCGUGUGCUAAAUGGGAAUGUUUAAAUCUUGAUAAUAAAAAAAACUAUAAAUCAUACAAUUAUAAAAAGAAAAUUACUGAUCAAGUAU